AUGUCUAGGGACGGUGGGCCUUGGGCGCAAGGACGAGCAAGCAACAUCCCAUUCGUUUUGGCUCGGUGCGUGGCGCGCAUGGACAAUGGUGGGGUGGGGAUGCGUGGGUCAAGGAGCGAUCAACAUGAGAGGGGAUGGGUGGGAGCCGCCAGUAGCAGCGGUGGCAGCGGUAGUGGCGGAGAUGACGCUGACGACAGCGAUGAGUCGGAUCCCGAGGCCGUGGCUCUCACCAUGAGUCGGCUGGAGCGGGAGCUUGAUGCAGCUGUGCAGGCAGAGGAUUACGUCGCUGCCGCUGGGCUCAGGGAUAGGCUCAGGCGCCUUCAGUCAGACAACGAGGCAGCAGUGAUUGCAGCCAACGCCCUGUUCUACCGGGCAUUCGGUGCCGCUGACCUCAGGCUCAUGCGCCGCGUGUGGGCGAGAGGAGAGCAUGUGCAGUGCAUACACCCUGGAGCAAACACGAUCUCUGGAUACGAUAUGGUGCUCAACAGCUGGGAGCUUAUAUUUGACGGCAUGAACCGCCAGCUCAGCAUCACACUGGAAGACGUGGCAUGCCAUGUGCGGGGCAGCAUGGCAGUGGUGACUUGUGUCGAGGUCAUCAAGUCAGCAGGCUCUGCUGGCAGAGUGGUGGCAACGAACGUGUUUGAGAAGGUCGGCAGUCAAUGGCUCAUGUGCUGCCACCAGGGGAGUCCAGCCCCACCAUCAAGCAGGACGAUGGGAUUUUAA